AUGCACCCCGAUGUUGUAUUUGGAGGCAAAGUUGUUGUCUUUGGCGGUGAUUUCCGCCAAGUUUUACCAGUUGUGCCGCACAGAACUCAGAAUGAAGCUGUAGAAGCUAGCCUCGUGUCAUCUACCCUGUGGCCCACAUUUACGCGCUACAGCCUUACUGAAAAUAUGCGCGCUCGAGAAGACCAACAAUUCUCUGACUUCUUACUUAAUCUUGGCAAUGGGUGCCUGCAAACUGCUGAAGUGGAGUUCGUUGAAGUACCACCACAGAUUGUAUUGGCUACUGAUCCAAAUGGCAAUUCUGUAAAUGAUCUUGUGGAAAACGUUUUCCCAGAGAUCAGUGUAGGCCCGUUUUCUAACGAUUUCUUUACAGAUCGAGCAAUUUUAACACCUAUGAAUGAAGAUGUUGAUGGGCUAAACAAUGAUUUAAUUGGAGAUUCCCUGGAGAGGCAGUUAUCUACAAGAGUUUCGAUAUGA